AGGGAGACUGAAGCCAAGUUCGCAAUCGUGGACCCUGAGACAGUGGGAAAAAUGAAGCAAGCGAUUAAAAUAGCCAAUGUGGAAGUUCAACUGAUUAGCAUUGGCGCUGAGAAACUUCCAGGGACGAUUUACUACUCUGAGCUGCUUGAGGACGAUGGAUCAGCAUUCCCUGAGAACGUGAAAAUCAAUCCAGAAAAGGACAUUGCUGUUGUGAUCAACACGAGCGGCUCCACUGGAGAUCCCAAGGGAAUCGUGCACACUCAGAAAUCCAUAUUGGCUGCAAUCAUGGCCGAGUCCGAGGUUCUUGGAAUAGAAGAUUCUAUGAUGGAGCUCAUGAUGAACUAUGGCAUCGUUGUGUAG